ACAAGUACAAGAUCGAAAGCGCAAACCGAAGACGCAAAGCGAUGCGCGGAAUGGAAUAACAAAAACAUUUCAUAAUGUAGGCGCUGUUAAGUUUAUCUUGCUAUUAGAGGUGAGGAAUAUAUGAUCGAACAUGUGGACAGCAUUUUUAAUGCGUAUAAUAAGAAAAAGAAUUGUGCUAGGAUUGAUUUUCGCCGUCUCUUUUACUUACUGCGUGGUAAGCUUCGUGAAAGAGAAUAGCUCCCAGAAUAAUGAAAUUGAAUCCUUGCCUGUGAGAAGAUUUCAGCAACCAUUUCUGUGGCACUCUCCAAAAGAUGAUUCAAAUGGGACAGAUGUCAAAGUUACAACUUGCAGGAAUUCUGUGCAAGGGAAGGUGCUUAUAGUUGAUGACAGAGGCUAUAUAUGUUCACGGACUGAUGUUUUAUCAACUGGAUGUUGCAACACAGAUAUAGAUACUACAAAGCAAUAUUCAUGUGAAACCUGCAAAGACAAUGGAUGCUGUAGUAUUUAUGAAUAUUGUAUAUCAUGCUGCUUACACCCAGAUAAGAAAAAUGUUUUGCAGAAUGUCUUGGGAAAAGCAUCAGAAACUUUCAAUGUGCUAUUCGCCUCUGUCACAGACCAUUUUGAGCUUUGUCUAGCGAAAUGUCGAACUAGCUCUCAGAGUGUGCAGCACGAGAAUUCUUACCGUGAUCCACGUGCGAAACACUGCUACGGUGAGACACCUGCUGCUCCAGCAGGACCAGCUGGUGAAGGUGGCACUGCACCAUCAUGAGACUGUCAGAGCAGUGUGAGUGCAUCUCUUUAAUAUGUGUGUGGGCUCAGUGAAUGACUCGGUGCUCGUGUUGUCUUUUCCCCGGUGAGUGCUCUGGACUGACCCCUAAUGACUGCAGGGAAAUAAGAAACUAUCCUGCUGUUCAUUGAAAGGUGAGAUGAAAUCAACAUUGUCAAACUAUUUUUAUCCGUAUUGAAAUUAUUCCCAAAUUAAUGUUUAGUUUUUGACCUUGUUUCUUUCUGUAAAGAAUUCUUUUGCAGAUUGUAAGAAAGGAGGCAUAAUAUCAGUGUAAUUUCAGUUGCUGUCUGAUUAAAUUAGCUUGCAUUGAAAGGAAAAUUCAUUUGAGAUAACUGUAAAAUUACAAGGAGACAGAAUGGCUGGAAGAUGCUUUGCUCCCUUUCAUGAGGAAAAGCAAAAUUACUAAAUACUGCAAACACACAUAAAAAAAUGUAUACAUAAGUCUAAGAAUUUGUAAGUUGAAGUGUGAUAAGUUGUGGAAAGUUUCAAGGAGGGCCUGUGCCUGGGACAAAUCACUCAGACUGCAGUUUGAGAGGGACUCAUCUGUUGCGGACAAGCAGAGACAAAAAUCAACAGGGAGAUGUAAGAGAGAAUAGGAAUCAAAGAUCACAUAUUGGUAAGCACUGUGCCAGCUUUUGUCCAGAUAUGAUAGAAGGAUUGAGUGAGCAGUAUAAUGAAUGGAAGAGAAAUAAAUAGUGUAAUCGAGACCAGGAGGACAGUAGAAAAGGUGGCGAGGAAAAUCAAAGAGGAGAAGGGGAGUGAAGGUGAUGGUAAAAAAAUGAUAAAAGUAAUAGAGCAAAUAAUUAAGGAAAUAUAGAGCAAAUAAUUAAGGAAAUAAUAAGAUCCAAACUAUGAAAAUAAAACAAAAAAGAGAGAAAAAAGGGGGAGAGGUGUUAUUAAUAGAAGUUAGAUUUAAGGGUGGGUUGGGGGGAGGGGGGGGAUGAGGAUAUGUUUGGAGAGCACGUUCCCAUCACUGGAGUUCAGGUAAGUUAAUGCCGGGUGGUCCUUGUAAAGUAGCAGGCAUUCAUGUCCCUUAGGUCACACUGUAGAAUGGGCUUAGUAACUUGAUAAUUUGUGUUCAUGAGGUGGCCAGUUUUUCUAUGUCUAUUCAUGCACUCGACCAUUUCAUGGCCAUAACUUUCAAAUUACAGAUGACACUGGUGAAGGAAUGCACUGCAUGUUGGCAGGCAUCAGGCCAUGUACUUUUGUAUUUGCUGGUUGAAAGGGAAUUGCAAAAAGAAACAAAAAUGUGUAUUUCGAAUUAUUUGCUGAGAGGGUAAUGGUGGUGGUUAUUUUGGUGACAGCAGUAGAAAACAGAAGAGAUUGUCUUAUAUAUAUUGACACUGUAAUUACUUGUUUAAAGUUAGUGGAAAUUAAAAGAAGUUACACACAGUAGAUGUUGUGAAUCUUACCAACUUAACUCCAUACAACUAAUGCAAGUACAUUUUAUAAGAGCAAAAUGUGAGUCUAUUUAUAUACAGUAUGAAGCUUGAGUUUCCCCCAGCAUAUAAAAUGUGUGAAAAAAUUUAUGGGAAUCCAUCCGAAAGAUGUCCUCAACAAUUGCCAGAAUUUUUGACAGGUGUGUGCCCUGUCAUUUUCAAUGUAGAAGUCAUCAUCCUGUAAACUGUUUGAAUAUUUGCUAAUAUUUUAUUAGAAAAAUCAGUCAACUGUCUGUGAAAGUAAUUUAUUAGAAUUAUUAUAUAUUUUAGACAGCUUCAUCUUCAGAUUUCUAGAACUGCUGUAAUGAAAUAAUAAAUUACUGUUUGUUAGUUUGGUUCUUGUACUCAUUCAUUUUCCCAGGGUGUUCUACUUCUGGUGAACAUUUUUUUUCCAUUGUUUGCAACACAGCUCUAAUCUUAAUUUGUGCUAUUGAGAGAAACAUAAUAAUCUAGGCAUUCCAGAGAUCCAUGCCAGUAUUUCUUAGACAGGUACACUUAUAAAUAGAGAGACAAUAUUAAUCUGAUCCAUGAGAUCCAACAAUUUGUCCUUUCUACAGCCAACUGGUAUGGAAAUAUUCUUCACUUCAGAUUUUGAGUAAUAUCGUUUCUCUGGAGGCAACUGUUGGUGACAUGAGUAGAGCUGAUGAGCGGAUCUGAUUAAGUGACGAGUAAGUCAGAUUUUUGAAGUGGUGGUGUGCCCCCUCCAACCAUCUCUGGUGCUGCCAUAGGAGAUGAUGUACAAUUGUCUGGAGCAAACAGAGCAGGUGGUUAUUUAACCCUAGGAUGCAUAUACAGGACCUCCGAGGCCCUUGUAUGUCUUCAUU